AUGCUUAGCUCUUUGUAUUCAAAAGCCUUGGCUCCACCCAAGUCCUUCAGGCUAAAAAUUUCACAAGAUAUUUUUAGCCUGUAUCUUAUGAGGACUGACAGCCAUUGGCACUCAGCCAUCUUUAUUAAGGGAUCUGUGCAGAGAUCCUUGGUCAAAGCCCUCUGUAGGCCCUGUACAGGGCCUACAGAGGGCAUGACUUAAGGUAUCUAGGCUUUGAGCUUUGAUAAACUUGUGCCAAAGAUCGAACGUCAUUCUUAAAAAUCUCCAAAAAUUGUAAGAAUUAUACCUAAAAACUGACCAAUGGUUUUAUCGAGAUUAGUCAAAAUUUGUUAAAUAUAUCAGAGUCUAGGAAAUUUGAAAUCAGAUUUUAGGAGCCUAAGAGUUUUAACUCGUAUGGCACAGUGGGAUUAAGCUUAGAGAAUAUAACCAAAAGAUAUCCGAAGAAAAUUGAUCAUAGGAUCUUUUGAAGAGAAUUAGAAGACCGAGUCAAAUCUUUAGAAGCAAUUAAAUA